CACAAGGUCCCUACACAGAAUCAAACACGCUCCGCUGGACCCCAGUACGCGUCUCCUUGUCCCCGCCCCCGCCGACAAGGCACAGCAUCCAUCCUCAUGCUCACACACACACACACACACACACACAUAUACACACACGCUGCGUGAUCCUCAUCACAAACCCACAGCUUCUCUGAGCCCAUGGAGUAGUAGUAGUGUGUUAGUAGUAGCGGGAGCGCUCACGUCUUCCCUUUCUAUCCGCAUUUCUCUUCAAUGGAUUCGCCUUUUCUCUGGAUUAUUGCCUCAUCACACCGCGAGUGAGCUGACGUGAAUCCUUGAGAGGACAAGUCUCCCGACAGGAGACAAGAUGGCGUCCAACAACACCCUGCGCAGCUACUCCAUCAUCCCAUGUUUCAUCUUUGUAGAGCUCGUCAUCAUGUCCGGCACAGUGUUGUUGGCCUACUACAUGGAGUGCACGGACCUGUUCGGCGUGCACGUGCAGGGCUUCUUCUGCAACGACGCGGAGCUGAUGAAGCCGUACCCCGGCACAGAGGAGUCCAGCUUCAUCCCCCCACUCAUCCUUUACUGUGUGGUGGCCGCCGCUCCCACCGCUGUAAUUUUCAUCGGCGAGGUCUCCAUGUAUGUGAUGAAAUCGACGAGGGAAGCUCUGCUGGCCCAGGAGAAAACCAUAGUGACGGGAGACUGUUGUUACCUCAACCCCCUCAUCCGCCGGAUCAUACGCUUCAUCGGUGUGUUUGCAUUCGGACUGUUCGCCACAGACAUCUUCGUCAACGCAGGACAGGUGGUGACGGGAGGUCUCUCUCCUUACUUCCUGUCUGUCUGCAAACCCAACUACACGGGCACAGAGUGUCGCUUUAACCACCAGUUUAUCAUCAACGGCAACAUCUGCACCGGAAACCCCAUCGUCGUGGAGAACGCCCGCCGGUCGUUCCCUUCCAAGGACGCGUCGCUGAGUGUUUACUCCGCUGUUUACCUGACGAUGUACAUCACCAGCACCAUCAAGACCAAGUCCAGCCGCCUGGCCAAGCCUGUCCUCUGUCUGGGCACGCUCUGUUCAGCCUUCCUCACCGGCCUCAACCGGGUCUCGGAGUACCGGAACCACUGUUCGGACGUGGUGGCCGGAUUCAUACUGGGAUCGGCCAUCGCUCUGUUUCUGGGUAUAUGUGUGGUGAACAACUUUAAAGGUGUCCACAGUGCAGCAGCCAAACAGAAGACUGAAGAGUACCGCGGCCUCCCUCUAAUGACUUUCCCCCGUGUGGAGAGUCCUCUGGAGACCCUCAGCGCACAGCAUUGACACAUGUUCAGAUUAAUAUACAGGCAUGAUAUUUUGCACGCCCACCCUGUCCUCCCUCCCACACACGGACACACAUGCUGUGACCUCACACAGUGAUUUCCUCUACCUUUUCCUCUCCACUCCCUUUCCCUCUCCUUCCAUUUUCUGUGUUUCCCUCUCCACCUCUCCUCCCACGUCCAUUCUCAGAACCAUUCGGCAUCGAUGACGGAGGUCACAUGACUAAGGGGGCAGCACCGGGUCACGUUUGCGUCUCCACAGCACUUCCAGACACAAUGACGAGGACGCAUGCCACGUGGCGCCGAUUGCUUGACGAGAAAAAAUAAAAAACACUCCUGAUAUAUCUGUUUCAUUCACCUGGGGGAUAGAAGACACCAUGUUUGUAAUGGUUCUCAUCUAGUUGGGCUUUGCUCAGUUCAACCCGCCGAGGCACCCUGAUCGCAUCAAAAAUAUCACAAGACAAACUCGAGCACAGUUUUUCUUUUUCCAGAUAUUUAAAACCAUUUGAAACAUGGGAUGUGUUUUCCCUCCAUGGUGGUUUGUAGUUAGAGGACAGUGUUUUGUACAUUUUUGUAUGAGCGAGUGCUGUAGCCUAUCCUGACGGUGUUAAACCUGCACACUUCCUGUCAGCUGACUCACUCUGUUUUACAUCACAUCCUGCCAGGUCGUCGAUCACCACAUUCGUCCCUCUGAGUCUGAAAAAUCUGCUAUGAAAAAAAAAUCUUGAUGUUGUCGUUCCGUGAUGUUUGUCCUUUGUACAGGAAAAAAAAAGACAGAAUCCUUCUUUUUAUUAUCUCUCUGUACAUUACUUGACCAUGUCAGGUCAUAUUUUGUAAAGAUUUUUGUUAAUCUGUUUGACUAUUCUGAUCCGUUUGGACCUGUUUGCCUGCUGUAAACCUGGAUAUGUUAUGGUAUCAGUUUAAGUGUUUUGGGGAAUGAUUCCCUCUCUCUCCUUUGGAGGAAAUGACAAGGAAGAGUCAGUGACGUCCUCUGAGUCUUAUGGAAAUAUGAUCUGUAAAAAUGAUCUCGAUGGGUGUGUUUCACCCCAAUUUCCUGAUUCACUGUGAUGUUAAUAGAAACUGCUGAACAGAGAUGUGUGGUGGGGCUAGUCUGUGCCAGAUCUACCUGAAAUUCCACUGGUGUGGCUUUACAAUUGAAUUUGAAUCCCAAUGGAAGAUGUUCUAAUAAAAUAUGUGGGGAAAAUAAAAAAACAGACAGAAACUGAUUUACUAAGGCCCGGCUAGCCCUCCUAAUGGAAACCAGGCUAAUGACUCCUGCUUCACUUUUCCUCCUUGAGGCUCCCCUCCCCCUCCCUGAGCCACCAGUGGAUUGUGAUGCAAUGUUGUGACUCCAUUUCCUAUUGGAAGAUAACGCCCAGCAUGAAGAGAGAAGUCAAGAUGUUUUAUAAAUAUUAAUGAUUUGAAUUAUGCUCAUCGUCAUCAUCAUCGUCAUUGUGAUUAUAAUCAUCUUUUACUUUGAAAAUAAAAAGCGUUUCAUUUGAAAUGCUGCAUAUAUUUUUUUUUCUUGCUUUUGUCCACGAAUUAAAUAGUCAG